AUGGUCAGAGGAGUGCGCAAUAGCGCAGGCCUACGAUUGCCACCACUUCGCUGCUUCAUGGAUGAUGUUACAAGCCUACUGCAGACCGCUGUGUGUACAGCACGGCUCCUCAAAAGGUUUGAAGAGUUGCUGUCUUGGGCCAGGAUGAGGAUAAAAUCCAAGAAGUCUCGCAGCCUCUCAAUCCGCAAGGGUAGACAAAUGGACUCAGUCUCUUUUCUAGUGGCAGGAGAGAGAAUUCCCGUACUUGCAGAACAACCACUCAGAAGCCUUGGCAGAGAAUAUACAGCGGAUCUCUCAGACAAGCACAUGGCAGCUGCAGUCACAGACCAACUGAAAGAGGGGUUAAAAAGGAUUGACCAGAGCUACCUUCCUGGCAAGUUCAAAGUCUGGUGUUAUCAAUUCACACUAUACCAGCGGGUGAUGUGGCCCCUAAAGAUGUGUGAGAUAACGGCAACAACAGUCACGAAGCUGGAUGCCAAGGCCAACAACUACAUCAAAAAAUGGCUUGGGCUCCCAAGAUGCCUCUCCGAUGCAGCGCUGUUUGGAAGAAAUGCACUGCAGCUACCAGUGAAGAACAUCUCAACUGGUUAUAGGCUGGAGAAGUCAAGGCUGGUGCUGGAACUCCGACAGUCAAGUGACCAUCUGGUCAGAAAUGCUGGGGCUAAGAUCCGGACAGGCCGAGCAUGGAAGGCAGAGGAGUGUGUGGACGAUGCAAUCUCCAGAUUGAAACAUCAAGAGCUUGUCGGAAGAACACAGCAAGGAAGGCGUGGCCUGGGCUGGGGAGAGCCACAAAAGAUGUGGUCAAAGGCAUCCUUGAAAGAAAGGAAACAGCUAGUGGUCACAGAGGUGACAAGGAUGGAGGAAAACAGGUUCUUUGCCAAGUCUAUUGGCCAAUGCCAGCAGGGUCAGUGGACAAAGUGGGAGGGCUUCCUACCAAGGUCAGUAAAAUGGAACGACCUGUGGAAGAUGCCUCAGGCAAGACUGAGCUUUCUAAUCAGAGCCACAUAUGACACUCUUCCUAGCCCAACGAACCUGGCACAGUGGUAUGGAUCUGAGGACAACUGUAGCCUCUGCGAAACAGGCAAGGGAAAUCUUCGCCACAUCUUGUGCGGCUGUCCAACAGCCUUGGCCCAGGGCCGAUACACAUGGUGUCAUGACCAGGUGCUAAGAAAGUUGGCGGAGCACACAGAGAACAUGAGAGUCCUGGCCAAUGAGAAGACAACAUCCCAACAGAGGCAGCUGGUCCAGUUUGUAACAGCGGGACAAGCCAAGAAAAACUGCCCUAAAGCAGACAGAGCAGCGGUCCUGACUCCAGGCAAAGACUGGUCAAUGAGAGCUGACCUUGACAAGCAGCUACGCUUCCCAUUCGACAUCACCACCACCACACUGAGACCCGACAUCGUCCUGUGGUCCUCAACUGAGAAGCGAGUCCUGUUAGUCGAGUUGACAGUCCCUUGGGAGCAGAACAUCCAGGAAGCGUAUGAGAGGAAAAUGGCCCGUUAUGCAGAGUUGGUGGCAGAAUGUGAAGAGAAAGGCUGGAGAGCCUCAACCUAUCCAGUUGAAGUUGGCUGCCGCGGCUAUGCUGGCCUCUCAACAAACCGCUUCCUGAGGGACAUCGGCUUCACAGCAGCAAAGGCCAGGAAGGUCUUACAGGAUCUCUCAGAGGAAGCAGAAAAGGGAAGUUUCUGGCUCUGGCUGAGAAGAAAAGACAGGAGUUGGGGGAAUCGAGAUGCCACACAGUAAGCCUGAGUGCCGAAGUCCAGCUGCAGGGAGUGGCGGGGAGACGUCCCUGACCGCUGCCCCACCAUCCUGAGAUGUUCUGGUGAUCAAAGGGGCGAAACAUCAGUGAAGGAUGGCUCCUAGCUGAUGACCCUGCAGCUGGUACUUUCUGUACUGGCUGAAGUGGGCCCGAUGGAAGCGGCCCAUGAGGUUUCAACCUUCGCUUCCCAACCAUCAGGUAUGCGGUCAGGUGCAAGCCUGGCUCAGGGAGGAGGACGCCCCUGCCAUGCAGAGUCUAGGGUCACUACCUGGAGAGGGGCGAGGCCAGGAUGGCUCUCAGCCGCAACCCUGCAGUUGGAGUCUAGGCACCGUCGGAGGUGCGUCAGGCAGAAAUGCCCUGCAGGUACCAACACCUAUCUGUCACAUAAAUCUGAGACAUUACCUGGUAAUAACCAGGUUAUAA